AUGUCUCGAGUUAUUCCGCGAUAUUUAUUGGGUGAAUUAUUCAAGUUUUUGGUGCGUCGUGUUCCGCGUUUAGCUUCAAGAUGGACGGAUGCUAAACAGAAGGAAAUGAUGUAUCAUUUACCUUCAGGUGUACGAGUAAGUGAGAGUGUGAAAGUGAGUGAGAGUGUAUGUGAUUUAAAUUCUCACUCAAAUUCUCAUAAAAUCAUUGUGUGUACAGUGCGACGAUACCAAGAAUUGUGUAACGAAGAGGAGCGUUACGAUUUCAAUGAAGAAGGACGCACAGAUUCCGACGAUCACGACAUAGAUGAUACUCCUAAAGCCGAAGGUCAUCCAAAAACCGAUUGCUGGAUCGAUACGCGAGCCCCGGUAGUGAUAAAGCCCUGGGAAAUCAAGAUAACGGGUCCAUCGUAUCGAAUCGACGAGGAAAUAGGGGACCAGGCGGUUGCAGGACCUUCAGGGAUCGCUAGAACAUCGGGAGUACGUCGUUUGAAUUUUGAAAUCAGCGAUUCCAGCAGUGAAAGCAGCAGCAGUAGCAGUAGUGAAGAAGAGAUCAGUGAAGAGGAGAGAGAUGAAUCUGAUCACAAUGUAGAUCAUGAUAAUGAGGCUGAUGAUGAGCUGGAAAGGAUCGAGUGGGAGGAUGACGAGGAACAAUUUUCUGAUGCCUCUGAAACCUCUGAAGCCGAUUCAGUUCACCAAACCGGCGGAGGAGAAGAAUGGGGUGAUAUUCUGCCACCAGGCCAACGCUUCCAGAUUUUAAGCGAAAGGGCGCGCUACUUUCGCCGUUUCAAAACACGAGGACGGGAAAUUGUAUUAAAACUGAGGAAACCUCCAGAAAACGCGGACCAGUUUUCUUGGAUUCAGGGAGCGAUGCGAGACGUUAUGACUCAUCUCACGGAAUCAUGCGAGCCUCACGAUUACGCUGGACUGGAAAUCAAUUCUCCAGGAUUUUCUCAAGGAGCAGCGUGGCUAUCUUUUCGACCUGUACGUGACUUCUCGCUCGAUGAUAUUUGGAAAUUGAUCAACGAAAUUUCACAAAGCGCCCGUGAGUUUAGAAUAGUUGAUGAUUCCUUAGAAAUAAAAAUGUGUAUCGUUCGCGGCGUUCAGGGCGGUGGUCGUGGGGGCACUACUCUCUCUCACGAAGAGGUAGCUAAACGCUCAAUUCUACAUAUAGAUAAUCGCGAUAAUUUAUGUUUACCUCGAUCACUUGUCACCGCCUAUGCUUACGCUGACCGAGGAGAAUUGCGUACAGGAGAAUUGCAUAAAAAUUGGCAAAAAAUACGCGAUUCUCGACGAGAAUAUCAACGCUCAGAGGCAAUAAAACUAGUGCAAAAGGCUAACAUCCAAAUUCCAUCUCGUGGAUGCGGGCUACGCGAAAUAAAAUUAUUUCAAAAAUAUUUUAUUCGUGAGGGUGUUGCCAUCGUAGUCUACGAAUUUCUUUCGUUCGGAAAACGUACCCCCGCGUUGUUUGAUGGAAGAGAAAAUGUUAUUUCAGAGUUCGGUCGAAUAAAGCAUACUUUGUUUAUAAUUUAUUACGAGCGUUCCCGUCAUUUCCAACCGAUUUUAAAUCUAGUCGGAGCUCUCGGAAGUCGAGGAUUUUGUUCAUUGUGCAACACUGGAUAUACUCGCGCGAUCGAACAUCGGUGCUCCAAAGAAUGCUCACGCUGUAAAUCAGUAGAAUGUAGGGGUAAUGGCGAGCCACUCACCCCGUGUAAUGACUGCAAUCGUUCAUUUUUUGGAGUACAGUGUUUCGAGUUGCAUAAAAAAGCUAGAGCUCGUAAAGUCCGAGGAUGUAAAAAUAAGCAAGAAUCUAGCGUUUGCGAAAUGUUGAAAAUUUGUCGCUCUUGUUCUAGACAUAUUAAAAGCUGGUGCAAAACACCUCACGAAUGUGGAGUGUCGUUUUGUAAAACAUGCAAACGCGUACGCCCCACAUCGCAUAAUUGUUAUAUUGCUCCGUUGAAAAUUAAAUCAUUUGAUCGGAAAAAAUCAACGGAACGAAAAAAUUUAGUGUUGCAAUUUAUUUUCUAUGAUUUCGAAACGCAGCAGCAUACACGUUUACGAGGAGAUAAUUCUUCUCGUGUUCAUGAACCAAAUCUCUGUGUAGCUCAACGUGUUUGCCUCUCGUGUUUAAGCGAUGAAAUCAUAGAAAAUGAAUGCGAAGUUUGUGGCCAGAGAGAAUUUGUAUUUCCCGACGACCCAGUAGGAAAUCUUGUAAAAUUGGCUAUUAAUUCAAAAUUUGAGAAAAUAAUUUGCAUAGCUCAUAACGCUCGAGGAUUUGACGGUCAAUUCAUACUCCGUUAUCUCAUUGAAGAUCAAAAAACUCAAAUGCCUACACUGAUAAUGAGAGGAACAAAAAUAAUUUCCAUGAGAGUAGGAAAAAUCUGUUUUCUCGAUAGUUUGAAUUAUUUGCCAAUGUCUCUCAGUGCGCUACCGAAAGCAUUCGGAUUUGAUGAUAUUGUGACAAAAGGUACAUUUCCUCAUCUGUUCAACACUCCAGAAAAUCAAAAUUAUAUCGGAUCGUUACCAGCUCUGCACUUUUAUUCUCCUGACAAAAUGUUUACUGCGGAACGUAAGCGGUUCAUGGCAUGGUACCAAGAAACGAGUGACUCUGGAUAUAUUUUUAAUUUUGCUGAGGAAUUUUUGCGAUAUUGUCGCGAUGAUGUAUCAGUGCUACGUCGAGCAUGCUUAGCUUUUCGUAAAUUAUUUAUCCAAUGCGGUAAAGUUUGCCCGUUUGCUGAAAGUUGUACAAUAGCAUCAGCAUGUUCAUUAGUAUAUCGCAAAAACUUCCUACCAGCGGAUAAAAUUGCACUAUUACCCCCUGGAGGUUAUCGAUGGGCUGAUAAACAAUCUCGUAAAGCUGUUUCGUGGCUCGUAUGGCUCGAGCGAGAAAAUGGUAUUAUUAUCACACACGCUGGUCGCACACGAGAGCAGCGUUUACCCCUGGGCUUACCUCCGGUAGACGGAUAUUACGAGGAGAACAAUAUUCGUCACGUCUUGCAAUUCCAUGGUUGUUAUUGGCAUGGAUGUAAACGUUGCUUUCGUAUAAAUAGAGACAAACGAAUGCGUUGUGAUGAUACAAUGGAUCAGCGAUACGAGCGUACUGUUACGAUAUCAGCACGAAUUAAAGAGCAGGGAUUUUUACUAACAGAAAUAUGGGAAUGCGAAUAUGAUGCUAUGUUGAAAAAUAAUGAUGAAAUGGCUGAAUUUGUGAAAAAUCACCCUAUGGUGAUUUCAGAACCGCUUGAGCCGCGUGAAGCAUUUUUUGGAGGAAGAACGGAAAAUUUUGUAAAUAUGUACGAAGUAAAAGAAAGUGAAAAAAUAAAAUAUGUCGAUGUAUGUUCAUUAUAUCCAUGGGUAUGUAAAACUGGAAAAUUUCCAAUAGGUCAUCCUAAAGUGUACGUCGGUGAGGAGUGUCGCGUUCUCAUUGGACAAAAUAAUUCUUUAGAGCGUGUUGAGGGCCUGGUCAAGUGUACCGUUUUACCCCCUCGUGAUUUGUAUUUUCCGGUUUUACCGUUUCGAGCUCAUGGAAAAUUGUUAUUUGCUUUAUGUAAAUCAUGCUGUCUGAAUUUAGAUACAAAUGGGAAUUGCGAGCAUGAAAAUCCAGAAGACCGUGCUUUCAACGGUACAUGGGUUGUCGAUGAAUUGAGGAAAGCGAUCUCACUAGGUUAUACUGUAUUACACGUAGACGAAAUUUGGCAGUACGAAAUUACGCGCUACGACCCUCUAACUCGAAGCGGAGGUCUUUUUGCAGAUUAUAUAAAUACUUUCCUAAAAAUCAAACAAGAAGCCAGCGGAGCACCAACGAAUUGUGUUGGGAAUCCUGAAGCGUUGCAACAAUACAUCGACGAUUAUAAAAAUGCAGAAGGAGUCGAGCUUGAUGCAAAUGCUAUAGAUUUCAACCCGGGUCUUCGUUCGCUUGCCAAACUCGCUCUCAAUUCUUUUUGGGGAAAAUUUGGACAGCGUGAAAAUCAAACUAAUACUUUGAUUAUUUCUACGCGUGUAGAGCUCAUGGAUUUACUAACAAGUCCAGAAAUUGAAAUUACAGGAAUCUUACCUGUAAAUCAUAGAAUUAUGUACGUAAAUUACAAAAACGCUGAUGAGGCUAUUCGACCAUCGCUUACAGCAAAUGUUGUAAUUGCAGCAUAUACGACGGCACAGGCACGACUCAAACUGUAUGAAUAUUUGGAGGGACUUGGUCGUCGCGUGUUGUAUUGUGACACCGACUCGUGCAUUUAUGUAAGUCACGAACGCAGUGAUGAAUACCAGCCUCCUGUCGGACAAUUUCUCGGAGAUCUGACUGACGAGUUAAGUGCGUACGGAGAUGGUUCAUACAUCACUUCGUUUGUGUCGGGUGGACCAAAAUUCUAUUCUUUUAUUGUGCGUAAACCUGAUGGUACCACUAUAGAAGUAUGUAAAGUUAAAGGUAUCACAUUGAACUUUCAAAAUAGUCAACAAAUAAAUUAUCAAACGAUUCGCUCAUUUGUGACGGGAGAAAGGAGUGCACCAAUCGUUUUGAAAUUCGAUGCAAUAAGACGUACCGAGUUCCAUCAUGUAAUUUCACGCGAAGAAACCAAGUCUUGCGCCCCAGUGAGUGUAAAACGUCAACAGGACAGAGAAUAUUGUACCCUACCCUACGGUUUUGUUCGAACAACGGCAUGAAUGUGAAUUGAGUAAUAAAAUAUUAAUAUAGGGUGUAAAAAAAAAAAAA